UUGAGGACCUCCGAAACCACGCUUCUCGACAUUCCUCGCCACUAUUAGAAUAUUUAGCCUGAUACCACCCCGAUGAAAUCGUCGACGCGUGCACGAAAAUCAGUCGCAUUUACCCUCAAGCCUCAGAUUCAGACCAUCGCACCAACAGCAUGUGUACGCGCAGGCGAAGAGGUCCCCUGAACAUGGACAAGAAGGUUUAUGAAGGAUUUAAGAGUGACGAAGUCACGGAUGAGAUGCUCGAUGAAGCCGCGAAGCUCUUCUCCGAGAAUUAUGGCGUUUGGGGCGAACAUGCGGCAGAGCGAAUGGGAAAGUUUGCGAAAGCAGGUCGUCCCAUUCGGCUAAGCAAAGAAAGGCUUCAAAACAAAUAUCUCCCCAGCAAAAUCUCUUCAUAUGUUAGAGUCACCGUUAACGGUCAUCUCGCUGGUAACGCGUUCGCCUGUCGAUGGUCUGUUGAUGGCAGGACUAUUUGCUGGAUCACUCAGUUAGUCGUUCACCGCGACUACCGUGAACGUGGACUUGCUGCUGGACUUCUCGACGAGGUCAGACUAGAUGGGGACGAUGUUUACGGUGUUAUGAGCUCCCAUCCAGCUGCUUGUCUAGCUGCGUCAAGAGCAUACAAGAGGCCGAUCGAUACUGCCUCACUCGAGUUCAUGAAAGACAACGCACAAUCGAUAAUAAAAGCCUCGCCAGUAGGUUAUGUUCGGGAUGCUAAGCUACAGGGUAAGCUUUUUGGUUCUGAAGAUACUAGUGGUCUUGUGUCUAGUGUUGAUACUGGAUUCUUCGUCGACCAUGAAGAGCCACUUGAAGCAUUAGCAUGGGUGCGGGAGUCGAUGGACUGGCCUUUGGGUGAACUUUUAGAUGGCCAUGAAUUUAUUCUUAUUCUGCAAGCAAGGCGUCGUUCUCGGUCUAGGUCUAAUUCAUUGCGCCGGAAUGCUACGUCUUGA